CUGGGGCCGGGCCGGGCCGCAGGUAAAAGAUGGAAACGUUGGCCAUGCUUCACAUAACCUGCGAGAGGAACUGAAGCAGAAAGCAGAGCUGAGACAAAGCAGCAUCUGACCUUGUCACUGGGGGGCAGAAAACAGCCACUGGCUGCCGCUGGUUUUACUGGUGCUUCAAUCAAGCUCCCUGUGCAAUGUGGAAGUGCAGUUCUUUCCAGGUCCGUGGGGUGAAUAAAAAUUGUUAACUCUUGGCUUGAUUUGUCGUCCUUUCGGGGGAAAAAAAAAAAACCGAAACACACAAAAAAAGAGUAAUAUCAGACUGGCAAUUAAGUACUCGUGUUGAUAGACUGAGCACAAUUUGAAGUGGGUUGUCCCGGAGGUGACUCUGGCCAGCAAAGCCAAGGAGAAGCUUGUUCAACUUCAUGUCUACCCAGGAUUCCUUGGAGAGGUGAUAAAGUGAGUAAUGAGACAAAGUGGGAGUUAUAAAGCAGAUGCAAUAGCUUCAGCAGAACUUCUCAUGAUGGACACAGAGGCUCAUUAAAAGGCAACUAACAUUAUUUUGAAAACAAUUUGAGGAGAAAAUGCACUUUUAGCAUCUCUGCAGUUCAUGUGUCUGAUACAUUAAUCCAGAAAAUCAAUAAUAUCACACAAACGAAGGAGAGGAACAAAUAUGGCAAAGGCAGCUAAUGAAAUUCAAAUGGAGAACCCAAGAGAGGUAGAAACUCACAGCACAGGGGCAACGUGCUCCCCAUCAGAGGAACAGGCAGAAAAACCCUCCAUGCUCUGUUUUAGGAAGAGGAAGUCCUGUAAGAAGAGGCUGACGGUGAAGGAUGCAUGUGAAGCAGCUUCAGAGGAGAAAAGCCAAUGCAUCAGUGCUGAGGCAAAAGUUCCUAAUCAAUCACAAUCCUCCAGAGGAGCCUGGGCAGCCAUCAAAAACCUCACAAAACCUCGGAGAAGGCAGAAAUCCUCCUCGAGCAAGAAGGCACCCUCUGAUUCCCAAGUGCAGCUGGAGGUGGAUGCUGAGGAAGGCUGUGCACAAGGCUUCCCAAAGAAACGAGUGAGCUCUGGAGUGAAGAUGCCCUGCGUGCGGUUCUCCAGAGGCAAGAAAAAACCCAGCCCCUCUGAAGCAGUGGAGGAGUCAGAGGACAGUGUUCAAGCAAAUGAGGUGAUGGGUGUCGUGAAUAAAGCUAGUGAAGAGCAGGAGGAUUUGCCCCCGAUGGACAAGUCUGACUCCUUCAGCCCGGCCUCUGUGCAGGAGGACCAGGAUACAGCAAAGGAAAGUGCUGAUUCCAUUGGGAAGAGUGAGCCCUUGACAGAGCCCACAACUGAAGCAGAGGAACAUAGGGAGUGCACCAUUGAGUCAGAGAUAACAGAGUCAGAGACAGUUAAUGAAACAGCCCAGGAAAAGCUGCAGGAGGGGAGCCUGCCCCAAACCACAGUCCACAUGGAGGGCAGGGAAGAUGCUCCCGAAGUGCCUGCUUCCCAGGAUCAAUCCGACAGUGCCCCUGAAACCGCUGAGCUGCAGGAAAUCCCUAAUAUCUGCAAAGAGCUGCCCGAAGGGGAUGAAUCAGAAAAGAGCAUAAAUCUUCCUGAGGAGUGCAAAGCCCAAGAGACAGUAAUGGAUUUCAGUCCGUCGGAGUCCAAAGAUGAUGCAGUGAGCAUGCAGGGCUGCUCCAGCCAUCAGGUGACCCUAGAAGCCAACGUGGGCGUUGGGAUUGUCAUCACUGUCACCGAAGCUGAGGACUCUGAUCACACCGACUCCGACCAGGCCUACGAGCUGUCCCCUGUCUUGCAGCGAAAUAAGCAAAAAGGGAAUAAAAAAUCAAGCGGGGGCUUUGAUUUUGGUAAAAAAGAGGGCCCCGCGGCUGGCGGUGGUCCCCAGGUGGAGGAGAAAGGUCCAGGUGACCAGGGGCAAAGAACGGGGGAACAGUACGAACUGCUCCUCAUAGAAACGGCAUCUUCCCUCGUGAAGGCAGCCAUCCAGUCAUCCAUAGAGCAGCUGGUCAACGAAAUGGCCCUGGAACAGAACAAACACAACAGUUUUCUGUGAUGGCAGCGAUGCCCCCAAAAUAAGAGUACAAGGGAUGAUUUAAAACUGCAUUUGGCCUGG